AGGUGAGCUGCCCGCCAAAUUUGCUUGCAAACAAAGUCGGCCCUCUUCAAGUCCGACGAACUAUGAAGAUUUUGGACUGUUCCACAUAACAGCGAAUUGUUGCAACCCGUCAACAAUGAAUUUAAUCGGAAAAGGAGGUGGCGAUUCCAUCCAGUUUGUUGGCAGUGGUGACAGCGAUUCAAUCAAAGUUUUUGUCAGAGUACGACCUCUGACCAAGGGCACCGGACUAACCACAGAUGGAGAUCAGAGCUUGUGUCUCAAAGUCACCUCACCAAACACCAUACGUCUGCUCUCCAAACCGGAGCCACGAACCUUCACCUAUGAUCAUGUUGCUGACAUGGACACGUCACAAGACUCUGUGUUCUCCAGUGUGGCCAAGAAUAUUGUUGAGUCUUGCAUGAAUGGAUACAAUGGAACCAUUUUUGCCUACGGCCAAACAGGAUCAGGAAAAACGUUCACAAUGCUAGGACCCUCCGAAUUGGACAAUUUUACAGAUGAAUUGCGGGGUGUUAUUCCUCGCAGUUUUGAGUAUCUGUUCUUUCUCAUCAACAGAGAAGCGUCUCUGUUCAAAAGUUUUCUCUGUAAAUGUUCAUUCAUCGAGAUUUACAAUGAACAAAUCUUUGACCUCCUGGACACGGCCUCCGCCAGCCUCUUUGUCAGAGAGAACAUCAAGAAGGGUGUGUUUGUGGAGGGGGCUGUGGAGAAGUUUGUCAACUCUGCUGCUGAAGCUUACCAGGUGUUGUCUCGUGGCUGGCGUAAUCGCAGAGUUGCCUCCACCUCCAUGAACCGUGAGUCUUCCAGAUCUCAUGCUGUGUUCACCAUGACUCUGGAGUCAAAGGAGUCCAUCAAUGAGGUUGUGAACAUUCGAAUGUCUCAACUGAAUCUGGUUGAUCUGGCUGGCUCAGAGAGGCAGAAAGACACACACGCUGAAGGCUCCAGGCUCAAGGAGGCCAGCAGUAUAAAUCGCUCACUCAUGUGCCUUGGACAGGUGAUCAUGGCUUUGGUGGACGUUUCUAAUGGAAAGAACCGCCACAUUUGCUAUAGAGACUCCAAACUCACCUUCCUGUUACGAGACUCUCUUGGAGGAAAUGCAAAGACUUACAUCAUAGCCAAUGUUCACCCUGGAUCAAAAUGUUUUGGUGAAACAUUAUCAACGUUACAAUUCGCCCAGAGAGCAAAGCUGAUCAAGAACAAGGCCAUUGUCAAUGAAGAUACACAAGGAAAUGUGAGGCAGCUACAGGCUGAGAUAAAGAAGCUGAAGGAACAGCUUGUGCAAGCUCUCUCAUCUCGGCAAGUGGAUUAUGAGAAAAAUGUAGCACCAGGAGGGCCAGGUCUCCCCAGCUCAAAGCCGUCCAUGAAUAUUGAACAUGUUGCUUUGUACAAAGCCAAGUUUAUGGCUGCUGUUCGUUUGUGGAGGAAGCGAGACGAAGAGAAGAAGGUUCUUCUUAAGAAGGCAUCUCAGCUAGAGGAGGCCUGGACUCAGAAGGACAAGUUCAUCCACUCCAGUCGUCUGAUCAUCAAGUUCCGAGAGGAUCAUAUCGCUCGCCUGGAGAAAAAAUUGAAGGCAGAAUGUGGCAUACUUGUAGAUGUGGAGUCGCAGGCUCUCAUUGACCAGCUAAAAGAAGAGAUUAGGAUCUUACGAGACCAAGUUGAACAUCACCCCAAGAUGACUCGCUAUGCAGCAGAGAACUACAGCCUCAGAGAGGAGAAUCGUCAGCUUCGCUCCCUUGAGUCAGUGAUGAACGCUGAAGAGGAAGCUGCACAUGUUGCUCAUGAGCUGGAAGAAGACUUCCAGAGGGCCAUGGAAGCAGAGAAAAACGCAGAAACUCCAGCCAGUGCUUUAGCCUGCUAUGCUCCAGAUGCACUUGCUGCAUCCGCAAUUGAGAAGCUGAAAGCUCAGCUGCUGCAGAAACAGUCGGACCUCACAGCAGUUCUCCAGGCCUUUGAGGAGUAUAAGGAAAUCACUAAGAAGCAGAUGUCUCAGUUGGAAUCAGACAAACGAUACCUUGAAAAGUCCAACAGGCAUUUGGAGAACAUCUUGGAAGCCACCAAUGCCUACAAAAAGCAAGAAGUCUCUGAAUUGAACAGAAUUCAUGUUGAAACUCUAAAGAUUCUCACUACUCCCACCAAAGCGUACAAUUUGCGCUCCCGUCUUGUAGCAAUGUCCAGCCCAGAACAAUUGAGUGUCAACAAUCCAGAUGACAUUUGGGCUGAGUCGCCCCCUUCAGACACGACCGAGAUGGCCCUGACUGAAGAAGUGCGUCAAGUGCAGGAGCAAGUGAGUCAGGUUCGGGCCCAGCUGGGAGAGGAGGAGCUCAAGAACAGCAAGCUGAUGCAGCAAAUUGCAAAACUUGAGGAGCAGAUCCAUGUCAUGACACAGGAGUCUGGACAAAAGGAGGAGAAACUUUCAACUGAGCGUGCUAACAAGAACAGAGAUCAUCUCAAACUGCAGGAGACGAUCAACAGCCUGCAACAGAAACAUCAGAGUGAACAGGAAACUGCUGAAGUACUGAGAAGUGAGAUCCAAGAUCUACGGCUGGUGCUGCAGUCGUCUGACAAGGAGCUGGCCAUCGUGAAGGAGGAGCUAAGAGACAAGCAAAGUGAACAGAAGAGAGAGACGAGCCAUCUUUCCAGCAGUCUUAUCACCACACAGCUCCAACUUGACAAAGUCCAGCUGGAUUGGGAGCGCCUUCUGGAGCAGCACCGCACUCUGCAGGAUUGUUUUGACCAGCUGCAAGCUGAGGCAAAGUUUGAUGCGGAUCAUGCGAGACAGCAGAUGCAGGACACGCAGCAGGAGAUCAGUGAACUGAGGGCUCAGAUUGCUGUAUUAAACAACUCUCUGGAAACAGAGCAAAAGCACACUAGCACCCUGACUUACCAGUUAAGAGAGAACAGAGAAAAUACAUCAAAAGAACUUAGUGAAACUGCUGAGGAGAACACACAGCUGAGUAAACAAGUUUCAGGCAUGACUGUGCAAAUCAAACAGCAGGUAUCCAAACUUGACCAUGUAGAGCAAAAUCUGUGCACGGCCCUGAAAACCAUAAAAGGCCUGGAGCAGAAGGUUGAACAGGACAAAGAUGUCAUCCUAGAUCUGAUCAACCAAACCAGAGACCUCCGCAGUGAGCUGAAUCACAAGGAACAGGCCAUUGCACAUCUGUCAGGAGACGUCAGAGAUGUCACGGCCAAGUACAAUGCUGCCUGCUUGGAACAGAAAGGCAUCAGAGAGCAAAACACCACGAUGCAAGCUGAAAUUACAGAACUAAAAGAAACCUUAGAGAGGAGUAUUGCAUCUAGCAAAAUAGAGGUUGAAGUGCUGCAGGAUGAGCUCAUUUAUGCAAAUGAGGAGGUUGAAAGACUUACAAAGGUCUUAGAUGAGCACAACAACCUCCUUCAAGUUGCUCAAGAGCAAGCUGCUCAGAAGGAUAUUGUGAUCCAGAAUCUCCGGCAGAAGGUACAACAGCAGAAUGAAGCUGUGGAAAAAACAAUAAGAAAUGGAGGUCUCAAGAACGUCGAGUCAAUUUGCACUCCUAAAGCAAUACCUAAGAGCCCCUGCACCCCAGGAAGCUUCAGCCGAGACCUGACCCAAGUCCUCGAGAGCCAGGAGAGGGAACUGGAGAAUCGACGGUCCUCCAUGAUGACCAUGGAGAUACUCUUAGCGGAGCUUAAUGCUGAGAGAGCUGCCAAGAAUGAAGAAAUUCAGCGGCUCAAAACACAACUGACUGAAAAAGAGGUGUUCCGCAUGGAGGUUCAGGGCAUGCUUGACCAGUUUUAUACUAAAAAGCCUCAGGGUGGAAAUACAAAAAGUGAGGAGCUUUUUGAAGGCAUCAAGCAGUCCGUUCUUAAAGAGCUACAAGAGGAGCGAGAAGAGAAGGACAAAGUGAUGCAAAGGCUAUCUGAAACAAAAAAAAAGUUGCAGUCCCAGGAGUCCAUGUUGGCCCAGUCACAGACGUGUGUCCAGGAGCUGACCUCAGAACUGAGGAAUCGCUGUCUUGAACUGAGAGAGCUAAGCCAGAGGGUACAGGAAGAGGACAAGCACCUCAAGGAGAAUGAGGUUCUCCGUAAACAGAAUGUUCAGCUGUCGGAGGAGAAUGGAAAACUGGUGGGACACAAGAACCACAAGCAGAGGAUUGAAUAUUUGGUCAAGCUAAAGAAGGACAACACCAGACUGCAGGCGGAAAAUGAAACGCUUCGAUCAGAGAUGAGCCUAAUGCAAGACAACACUGGACCUCUGCUGUGAUGCUGCAAAUCUUUGUCUAUUUUCAGUGGACAAGCGCCUUCACAGUUACAGUGGUGACCAGAUUACGGGUUUUUGAGAUACAAACUGUGAUUCGACUGAAUUUUUGCUUUGACUUGCGAGCACAGAUUUGCGAUACGAGUGCUUAAUUGUGACAGUAAACUCAAUUCAACUCACUUCACAAUAAGCAGCAGUUUGACAAAUAGUGAACAUUUAAUCAAAAAGAGGUUUCAAGCAGUUUAAUGCCACUCCCAGUCAAAGUUCACUGUCAAACUAAACAAAGCAAAGAGAAAACUGGCAGUCAUUUACAAUCAUAUCAAUCAUUUUUGGCGCAAAUGAUGAAUCAGUGGAGAGGAUGUCAUUUUGGUCCAUAAAAUCUUAAAUACCGGGCGGAUUGUUCUGAUAUUUUCAGAGGUUAUGUGGACACAAAUAAGAAUGUACUCGUACAUUUUGGUGAUCAGCCAGCGUUUUUGGACAUAAAGCGACAACGCUUUUGGCUGGGAGAUCGAUUCCCUCAUCAUCUGACGUUAUGACACAAGCAACCAAAGUCCACCUCUGUUACCUACAAAAAUGCUUUCUGGUCUGUAGGGACUCUAUUGGGACAUCUUAGAGGCAUUUGUGGUUCAAUGAAUACAAAAUUGAGCUUAUGAAAGCCGUUCAGAAAGGCGGAAAUUAAUCUGUGAAGCAUUUCCUCUACGCGAUGCUCUCUACCUUGCUCACGUGGAAACGCAUCGAUAAAAUCAUAAAUAUCGGGCCGAUCUGAUAUUUUCAGAGGUGUGCGUGGACAUGAAUAGGAAUCUACUCGUAAAUUUUGGUGAAGAUCGGCCUGGGUCUUUGGAAAUAAAGCUAUUUAAUGCAUGUCGUGUGGCAUGAUGUGGCUAUAUCUUCUUUCCUCAAGGAGGCAUCUCAGCCGUCGAUGUUUUUUUUUUUUUUUUUUUCAACAAGCCUUCGGACAUGUUUUACAGUCACUGUUUUCAUUCUAUGUUAUGUGUGUCUGUGUAUAUAUGUGUGUGUAUACAUAUAUACAAUGGGGCAAAAAGUCAGCCACCAAUUGUGCAGAAAAAGAUGAGGCCUGUAAUUUUAUGCAUGUACUCUCUCUCUCUCUCUCUCUCUCUCUCUCUCUCUCUAUAUAUAUAUACAUACACAUACACACACACAUGCGUAUCUACAACCCCAAUUCCAAUGAAGUUGGGACAUUGUGUUAAACAAAAACAGAAUACAAUGAUUUGCAAAUCAUGUUCAACCAAUAUUUAAUUGAAUACACUACAAAGACAAGAUAGUUAAUGUUCAAACUGAUAAACGUUUUUAGCAAAUAAUCAUUAACUUAAAAUUUUAUGGUUGUAAAUUUAUUUGUUUAGCACAAUGUCCCAACUUCAUUGGAAUUGGGGUUGUAUAUAUAUAUAUAUAUAUAUAUAUAUAUAUAUAUACAUGGUUAAUUAUGUUAUGUUUUUAUAAAUUACAGUUUUAUAGAGUGGUAUUUUUCCUUAUUAAAAGACAAAAACUGUUUUUUUGGGGUGUGGCUGGUACGGAUUAAUGACAUUUUAAUUCGUUUCAAUGGAGAAAGAUGAUUUGAGAGGUGUUUUGAUUUUACAGCCGUGGUCAUGAAACAAAUUAAACUCGUAUCUCAAGGCAGCACUCUACGAAAUUUUUUUAAAUACUUUUUUUUUUUUUUUCACAGACAGGAAUACCAGGUUUAUUUUUUUCACUGGCUUACAUUGAUACUGUAUAUGAGCAUUUUUAAAAUAAAAACUAGUUUCCAUG